AUGGUCGCUCAAAUCGACGCUUUCGACACGUUCACAGCUGCGUGGCUCACCGGGAAAUCACUGUCCAAAAUAAUAUUUUCUUUUCAAACACGAUUCUGUGGCUGGACUUAUGCUUGCUCGAAUUACCGCGAUGCGCAUUCACUAAGGAGAAGUGGGAGAGGGGAAGAGAAGAGAGCGCAGAGAAUAUACGUACGAAUCGCAACGGAUACGUUGCGUUUACCUAGGGCUAAGGCGAGAAAUCAGAAGAACAAUGCCAUGUAUUUUUAA